AUGAGCUUCGUCACCCGCCGUGGUCUUUCCACCCUCAUCCCGCCCAAGGUUGCUUCUCCCAAGGCUAUUGGUGGCGCUCCUGACGCUCUGCGCAUGCAGCGUGUCGUCAGCUUCUACGAGAAGCUUCCUCGUGGUGCCGCCCCUGAGGCCAAGGCCAAGGGUCUUCUCGGCCGCUACCAGGCUCGCUACUUUGGCAAGAAGGCCUCAGCUACCCCCAUCAUCCACGCCAUUGUCUUUCUCGUCGGCAUUGGUUACGCCCAGAACUAUUACUUCCACCUGCGCCACCACAAGAACAAUGCUCAUUAA